AUGAAUACGAAUAAUAGCAUUUCAACAACAACGAAAAUAUCAACAUCACCUGAUGGAUCUCAGACUGUUUCAACGCACGCUCCGAAUAAUGAUCAAUUACGAAAUGUAUUAAAUUAUGCAAUACCAUUAUCAUUUUUUACCAUAUUCCUUUUCAUUGCUUUUGUUCUUGCUCUCCGUCAUCGUCAUCGCAUUUCAGAUAAAUGGCAUUCAUUGAAAACAAUGAAAAAUACAAAUCCGAAAUUUCUUCAAAAUACUGGCUUACGGCGUGAUUCAGAAUAUGAAUCUGAUAAUCACGGUCAUCUUAAAUCUACAUUAGGCAGUCUAGAGAAGCCUGUUAAUACAGAACGACAAUAUCAUCUAUCAACUAUCAAUUAA